UUGAGUUACCAAGGGCAUAGAGAAUUCCCAUUACAACGUGUGCAUACACCCUUGUUUUACAGGGUGGUCACAGAAAUUAUCUAAGGAGCCUUGUGCAAGGAUUUCAACUAAAAACCCGUUUCAAGGUCUUGUGCAAGUCAGAGUCUGGCAUUGAUUGGGUGGAGGAAGGUGGCAGCGAAACGAACAAGGCUGUAAAGGUGAGGUCCUGACCCGUUCCACAAAGAAUUCAGACUCGACCCUGAUCUGUCAGCAAUCAUGUCAAACAGCACCUUUAAUAAGAUGUGGGCUGAUACCCAGGAGGCACUUAACGACCUUCUGAAGGAAGAGUUCUCUUCUCAUGAUGCCAAAUCACUUACAGACCGCAUGAUGAUCUUCCAGAUGCUGGCAGCCUUCUACAUUAAGUAUGUACAGAUUUUUCGCAAUAUGGAAGACCUCUAUGAGCAGAUAGUACAUCCUCAGAAGAGAAGGAUUAUCCACCAUGUACUUGAGGGUGUUAUGGGCAGAAUUCUUGAGCUAAAGAACGAAAUGGUGAAACUGGAGUUCUCUGAGUUUCACUAUUAUGAUGAUAUACUGCAGGAUCUCAAGCUAACCCCGGAAGCCCUAGAGAUCCCCAUUCCCAGGUACUUUAUGAAGAAUAAAUUAAAAAUUUUGAAGGAAAGAGAAAACAUUCUGUCUCGAAUAUUAUCCCAAAGCUCAAUGCAAGUGGAAAAGGAAGUUGCUAUAAAACCACUGACUCUAGAGAAAGCCAUCCAAUUUAUUCAAAUCGCUGAACGUGCUCGGCAGGGGCGGUUACGAGCUAAGUUUAUGCUGGAAAUUCGAAUGGAAGAAGAAAGAGAAAACUUAGCUAAACAACAAAGAGCAAGCGCAAUGGCUCCUGAAAUGGCUGCUACCUUAAUCAAAAAGCUUUGGCGUGGAUAUACUCAAAGGAAAAUUACCAAGAAAGAACGGGCAGAGGAAAUGAUAUUCCUUGAGAUGGAACCCCCUCUGGAUUUUCUUAAGCCUAGCUCAACUCAACUACAAGCUCAGAAAGUGUAUCAACAACGGCAGGUGGUACAGGAAGUACAUGAGGUGGAAUACCAGCAAGCCUUGGUUACAAUAAAGGAGCAAGUACGAUCAGUUGAGGGACCAGAUAUUCAAGAAACAUUGCAGGAGCAGAUCAGACAAUGGUUUAUUGAAUGCCGAAACAUAACUGGAAAUUUCCCUGACUAUCCUGAUGCAGAGCAGGGAGGUUCCGCAGCUGUAUUUGCUUCAAAGACUCCCCAGGAGGUGCUUCAAGAACUUGCUGCACAAGAAGAGAAAAAGAAACAGAAAGAUAAAGAAAAGAAGGAGAAGAAGAGUGGAAAGGACAAAAAGGAAAAGAAGAAAAAAAGGAAAGGAAAACCUGAUAAAGAGGAAGAAGAGGAAGGUUGGAAAAUGGCUCAGAGUAACUUCCUUCCAACAGUGGCAGAAGGUCAUAAAACAUAUGAAGGAGUUUGGCAGAACCGUGAUGAGUGCACAAAUCUCUCCCAGAAGUAUGUUGCUGAACUCAUCAAGGAGGAUAAACGCAAAGAAGUGGAGGAGGAAAUCAGAGUUCAGGUUGAUGAACUAAUGAGACAGGAGCUGAAAAACUUAAAAAUGGCAGUGGACAGGGCUAAAAGUACGAAGAAGAAAGGAAAGAAAGAUAGGAAGAAGAAAAAAUCCAAGAAAGAGAAGAAGAAGAAAAGAAAAGAUCUGACUGCUAACAGGACAAUUGAUUCCCUCUAUGAAGAACUAGUUCGUGAAGGUCUGCUCAUAAAGCCGAAGAAUAUCCAACUUUCUGAUUUCAAAGGUGAGUACAACUACCUGGGGACCACACUACGGCAAACAGAUAUCGAGCCUAUGCCUUCCCUCUUGGAUGUGAAGCAACUGAUCACAUUGUAUGGGAUUCUUCCCUUGGGUUCGCAAGCUGUCCAUGAGAAAGCUCCUAUGGUGAAGUCUUUGUUACUCACAGGACCAUCUGGAGUUGGAAAGAAAAUGUUGGUCCAUGCUCUCUGCACAGAAACCGGAGCCAACCUUUUCAAUUUGUCGUCUCAGAAUAUCGCAGGAAAAUAUCCAGGCAAGAGUGGUCUCCAAAUGAUGAUCCAUUUAGUUUUCAAGGUUGCCUGCCUGCUGCAGCCUUCAGUUGUAUGGAUUGAUAAUGCAGAGAAAACUUUCUACAAGAAGGUUCCAAAAUCAGAGAAGGGGUUGGAUCCAAAGAGAUUGAAGAAAUCUUUCCCAAGUAUACUUAAAUCCAUGAAAGCAGAAGAUCGUGUUCUCAUUGUUGGCACGACACAACGACCCUUUGAUGCAGAAUUAAAGACUUUCUGUCGAUCUUUCCAGAAAAUUGUACUAAUUCCAAGACCAGAUUACACCGCUCGAUUUGUGUUAUGGAAGAGUAUAAUCCAACGAAAUGGUGGGAUCCUGACGAAUUCAUUGGAUCUAAGUUCCUUGGCCAAGAUCACUGAUGGCUAUACGCAAGGACACCUUACUCAAGCUGCAAAGGAUGUUCUAACUGAACGACGUAUAAAGCAGUUACACACUAAACCUCUCUCUGCAGUAGAGUUCAUUACUCCUUUGGCCAAGCAGGAACCUGUAUACCAAGAGGAAGAGGAAUCAUUCAAGAAUUGGUACGUCAAAACACCUCUGGGCAAGAAGAGAGCCAAAGCUGCAAAGGAAUCAGAAGAUGAUGGGAAGGAGAAGGGCCAAAAAGGAAAAGAAGGAAAGAAAAAAGGGAAGAAGAAAAAAUAACAUUCAGAUGUUAUGUGUAUGUUCUGUAUAUUGAUAUUGUGUUUAUUAUUUACAUGCGUAAAGCUUAAGUCAUUGUCUAUUAUAAUUAAGUUAUUGAAAAACAAUAUCAGUUAAUAAUGUGCAGAGCAGUAUAUUAUCUAAUCCAUUUAGUUAUUCACCUAAUCAUGUGAUACUACUUCCAAAAGCAAAAUGAAAUUUAAUGCAAAUGGUUGCUGUAAUCAUGACUAGCUUAAUUAAUCACUAAUGUGGCAGAUUAUGAAAUGCAUAUUUUGGUAAUAAAAAUGAAAGUUUGU